UUUACCCUGCGCAGACGCCGUCGCCGCCGCUGCUGCCGCCGCCGCUGCCGCCGCCGCUGCCACUGCCUUUGCCGCCACGGUCUCCGCCGUCGCUGUCCCCGCGCUGUCUCCGGGAGCUUCCAUUGUUCCAGCGGCGCCGAGUCCCGAGGCCGGGCAACCUAGGAGCUUGCGAAACGGGCGGCGGCCGACGGAGUUGAAACACCGGGGCGCCAGCGGGACCGGGAGCAGCAGGGGUCAGCGCGGGAAUCCCGGGCAGCUGGGGCCAGAGUGUGUGGCUGCAGGGGGCCGGGGUGGCGAGGUCUACGGUCUCCGGAGUUGGGGCUACCCCUUUCCGGCCCGACUUUCCCCGCCGGCCUCCCCAAGUGGGGGUCGGAGCCCCGGCGGGCGCGCCCGGAGAUGAGCCCGGACUCGAGGUUGCCGAUGUGACAGCAUGGGGGUGGACUUUGACGUGAAGACUUUCUGCCACAACUUGCGGGCAACUAAGCCACCAUAUGAGUGCCCCAUAGAGACCUGCCGCAAGGUCUACAAGAGUUACAGUGGUAUUGAGUACCACCUGUACCACUAUGAUCACGACAAUCCACCACCCCCGCAGCAGACUCCGCUCCGCAAGCACAAGAAGAAGGGGCGCCAGUCACGCCCCGCCAACAAGCAGUCACCCAGCCCCUCAGAGGUAUCACAGUCACCAGGCCGUGAGGUGAUGAGCUACGCACAGGCCCAGCGCAUGGUGGAGGUGGACCUGCAUGGUCGUGUCCACCGCAUCAGCAUCUUUGACAACCUGGAUGUGGUGUCAGAGGAUGAAGAAGCCCCUGAGGAGGCCCCUGAGAAUGGUAGCAACAAGGAGAACACUGAAACGCCAGCUGCUACUCCCAAGUCAGGCAAGCAUAAGAAUAAAGAGAAGCGUAAGGACUCUAAUCAUCACCACCACCAUAAUGCUUCUGCAAGCACCACUCCCAAGCUGCCAGAGGUGGUAUAUCGGGAGCUGGAGCAGGACACCCCUGAUGCCCCACCCCGGCCAACUUCCUAUUACCGGUACAUCGAGAAGUCUGCAGAGGAGCUGGAUGAGGAAGUAGAGUAUGACAUGGACGAGGAGGACUACAUCUGGCUGGAUAUCAUGAAUGAGCGUCGGAAGACAGAAGGUGUGAAUCCCAUCCCACAGGAGAUCUUUGAGUACUUAAUGGACCGGCUGGAAAAGGAGUCCUACUUUGAGAGUCACAAUAAAGGCGACCCCAAUGCGCUAGUGGACGAGGAUGCUGUUUGCUGUAUCUGCAAUGAUGGUGAGUGCCAGAACAGCAAUGUCAUCCUCUUCUGUGACAUGUGCAACCUGGCCGUGCACCAGGAGUGCUACGGUGUCCCCUAUAUCCCUGAGGGCCAGUGGCUGUGCCGCCGUUGCCUACAGUCACCCUCCCGUGCUGUGGACUGUGCCCUGUGCCCCAACAAGGGUGGUGCCUUCAAGCAGACAGAUGACGGGCGCUGGGCCCAUGUGGUGUGUGCCUUGUGGAUCCCCGAGGUCUGCUUUGCCAACACGGUCUUCCUAGAGCCCAUUGACAGCAUUGAGCACAUCCCACCAGCCCGCUGGAAGCUCACCUGCUACAUUUGCAAACAGCGGGGUUCAGGGGCCUGCAUCCAGUGCCACAAGGCCAACUGCUACACAGCCUUCCAUGUGACAUGCGCCCAGCAGGCUGGCCUUUACAUGAAGAUGGAGCCUGUGCGGGAGACAGGUGCCAACGGCACGUCCUUCAGUGUCCGAAAGACAGCAUACUGCGACAUCCACACACCCCCAGGUUCAGCGCGCCGCCUGCCCGCCCUGUCCCACAGUGAGGGUGAGGAGGAUGAGGACGAAGAGGAGGAUGAGGGUAAGGGCUGGAGCUCAGAGAAAGUCAAGAAGGCCAAGGCUAAGUCCCGGAUCAAGAUGAAGAAGGCGCGGAAGAUCCUGGCAGAGAAGCGGGCAGCAGCACCUGUGGUGUCAGUGCCCUGUAUCCCACCACACAGGCUCAGUAAAAUCACCAACCGCCUCACCAUCCAGAGGAAGAGCCAGUUCAUGCAGAGGCUGCACAGCUACUGGACACUGAAGCGGCAGUCACGGAAUGGGGUCCCACUGCUACGUCGCCUGCAGACACACCUGCAGUCUCAGAGGAACUGCGACCAAGUUGGGAGAGAUUCUGAGGAUAAGAACUGGGCCCUCAAAGAACAGCUCAAGUCCUGGCAGCGGCUCCGGCAUGACCUGGAGCGAGCUCGGCUGCUGGUGGAAUUGAUCCGCAAGCGGGAGAAACUCAAAAGGGAGACGAUCAAGGUCCAACAGAUUGCCAUGGAGAUGCAGCUGACCCCUUUCCUCAUCCUCCUUCGCAAAACCUUAGAACAGCUCCAAGAGAAGGACACAGGCAACAUCUUCAGCGAGCCGGUCCCUCUGUCUGAGGUAACCGAAUUGGACGAAGUACCUGACUACCUAGACCACAUCAAAAAGCCCAUGGACUUUUUCACCAUGAAGCAGAACUUGGAGGCUUACCGCUACUUGAACUUUGAUGAUUUUGAGGAGGACUUCAACCUUAUCGUCAGCAACUGCCUCAAGUAUAACGCCAAGGACACCAUCUUCUACCGGGCGGCAGUGCGGCUCCGUGAGCAGGGUGGUGCUGUGCUCCGUCAGGCCCGGCGCCAGGCAGAAAAAAUGGGCAUUGACUUUGAGACGGGCAUGCAUAUCCCCCACAGCCUGGCUGGAGACGAGGCCCCACACCACACUGAAGAUGCAGAGGAAGAACGGCUGGUCCUGCUGGAGAACCAGAAGCACCUGCCCAUGGAAGAGCAGCUGAAGUUGCUGCUGGAGCGGCUGGAUGAGGUGAAUGCCAGCAAGCAGAGCGUGGGCCGCUCACGGCGUGCAAAGAUGAUCAAGAAAGAGAUGACGGCACUGCGGCGGAAGCUUGCCCACCAGCGGGAGACUGGACGGGAUGGGCCUGAGCGGCAUGGCCCCUCCAGCCGGGGUAGUCUGACACCCCACCCAGCAGCCUGUGACAAGGAUGGGCAGACAGACAGUGCCGCGGAGGAGAGCAGCAGCCAGGAGACGAGCAAAGGCCUGGGUCCCAACAUGUCCUCAACCCCCGCACAUGAGGUGGGCAGGAGAACCUCAGUUCUGUUCUCCAAAAAGAACCCGAAGACAGCUGGACCGCCCAAGAGGCCGGGCCGGCCCCCCAAAAACCGGGAGAGCCAGAUGACCCCCAGCCACGGAGGCAGUCCUGUGGGGCCCCCCCAGCUCCCCAUCAUGGGCUCCCUGCGUCAGCGCAAGCGGGGUAGGAGCCCCCGGCCCAGUUCGAGCUCAGACAGCGACAGUGAUAAGUCCACAGAAGACCCCCCAAUGGACUUACCAGCCAAUGGCUUCAGCGGUGGAAACCAGCCAGUGAAGAAGAGUUUCUUGGUAUACCGUAAUGACUGCAGCCUCCCCCGGAGCAGCUCAGACUCUGAGUCCAGCAGCAGUAGCAGCAGCAGCGCUGCCUCAGACCGGACCAGCACAACACCCUCAAAACAAGGCCGGGGAAAACCCUCUUUCUCUCGGGGCACAUUCCCAGAGGACAGCAGUGAGGAUACCUCAGGCACUGAGAAUGAGGCCUACUCCGUGGGCACUGGCCGCGGCGUGGGCCACAGCAUGGUAAGGAAGAGUCUGGGCCGGGGAGCUGGCUGGCUGUCGGAGGAUGAGGACUCCCCUCUGGACGCUCUGGACCUUGUGUGGGCCAAAUGCCGAGGGUAUCCAUCAUACCCAGCUCUGAUCAUUGAUCCAAAGAUGCCCCGAGAAGGUAUGUUCCACCAUGGGGUUCCCAUUCCUGUGCCCCCCCUGGAGGUGCUGAAACUUGGGGAGCAGAUGACCCAGGAGGCCCGAGAGCAUCUCUACCUCGUCCUCUUCUUUGACAACAAACGAACCUGGCAAUGGCUGCCCAGGACCAAGCUGGUUCCUUUGGGUGUGAACCAGGACCUGGACAAGGAGAAGAUGCUGGAGGGCCGCAAGUCCAACAUCCGCAAGUCAGUACAGAUCGCCUACCACCGGGCUCUGCAGCACCGCAGCAAGGUGCAGGGCGAGCAGAGCAGUGAGACCAGCGAUAGUGAUUGAUACUGCCCAACACAGCCCAACCUGCAGUGCCCUGUGACCUCUCUCCUCCCCUUAGCUCACUGUCCUGGAGUGGCACCGGCCUCUGCACUGACUCAUUCCUGGUCUUGGGGCCAGUCUCAGGGGAAGCUGGGUAGGGGAGGUCCCUCCUGCCCUGAGUGCAGCUGGACUGUACAGAACACUCCAAGGGCCCAUGGUGGUUCAGUGCAAGGAGAGGGGAGGUCCCACAGGUCAGAAAGAGCUCCAGAGACCUCACGGUAUUAUAGGGCAGGGUGGUGGGCCAAGGUUAGGACACUGCAUAAAACGGGCCAUCCCACCACCUCUGCCUGCUCAUGCCAGGAGAAUCCGCAACUGCCUAGAGGCCUGAGGCCCUUACAGGUGGUGAAGUGAGCGGGCAUCUGCCCAGCCUAGCAGUGGGAUUGAUGUCUGUCCAGCCCGGAAGAGGGGCACUAGGUGACCCCCUCCCCUGCUGUUGUAAAUACUGUAAUUAUCGGAGAAUUUAAAUUAUUCUCAUUUGUAACUGCGUUUCCGGGUCGCGCCAGAGUCAUUUGGUAC